AAAGUCAUAAAAAAUAUUACUAUAGAUACGAAUAAUAUCCUCCGCUGUGGUUUAUUUCCCUGAUUCUUUAUAUUCCGACGAGAAUUCGUUUUUAUCUGCAAUUGCAGAAUUGCCACAGCUUCCACUCCGCAACCGGAUAUUACCAUCGUGUCUGCUGAUUGGCUGUUCGUUUUCAUCUCCGCGGAAAUUAUCGACAAAAAGGUUUAUAACAGUCAUUCAACUUAUUCCGAGGAGAUAUAUCAAGUCAGGAAGAUAUUGAUAUAUACUCUCUAUCGUUUAUCUCUGUGGAUCUAUCGGGGAAUUUUAUAUAUACACACUAUUUUCCAGCUACUUUAACAGUCCUGGGAAGAGAGAACGGCCUGGCGGCGAUACUAACCAGCAAUGAAGCCUUCCGGGCCUGGUGAUGUCUCACCAGCUCCAUUACUCACCGCGAUAGAUGCGACCUCGCAGGUUCAUCUGGUGAUCGGUUCAGGCUCUCUCGCGGCGGCGCGUUGUACACGAUGCUUGGAAGCAGGCGCGAAACCCAUCAUUAUCGCACCGGAGACCGCGGACAUGCAUUUCAGUCUUACGCAACGGAUCGAAGAGGGCGCAGUGGAAUGGCUGCGACGGGACUUUCAAGAUUCUGAUCUUACGACUCUGGGACGUGCUGAAGUAGAGAGCGUUGUGGAUGCGGUCUUCGUCACAUUGGGGGGCAGCGAUCCUUUGAGCUCGCACAUAUCUACAAUGUGUCGUCGACUCAGAAUCCCAGUUAAUGUAUCUGACGCUCCUGAACUCUGCACAUUUACCCUACUCUCAACGCACUCUGACGGACCCUUGCACAUUGGAAUCACAACGUCUGGGCGAGGUUGCAAAAUGGCAUCGCGGUUGCGGAGAGAGAUCGCAUCGUUCCUCCCGCCAGAUCUGGGUCCUGCAAUUGAUCGGUUAGGUUCCAUCCGACGACGGAUCUGGGAGGAAGAUCGGGCAGCUGGAUUAGUUGACGGGGCAUUCGAGGUGGAAGAGGAAGACACCAAGGCGCAGAAACAUACAUUUAACGCGUUGGUAACAGCGGAGGAUAUCUCUGCAGCGAAAAACCGGCGGAUGCGCUGGUUCUCCCAAAUCUGCGAAUACUGGCCCCUGCGGAAACUCGCUGCUAUCGACGACUCAGAUGUGGACGCGAUCCUCACGGCCUAUUCAUCCGAAAGCUCCAAUUCAACAUCCGAGAACACUGCUCCCAGCAACGGUGUUGUUGUCCGAAAUAAGGGCGCGAUCAUCCUCGCUGGAUCGGGCCCGGGCCACCCAGAACUUCUUACGAGAGCAACAUACCACGCGAUCCAAAACGCAGAUAUCAUCCUGGCAGACAAGCUGGUCCCAGCGCCCGUGCUGGAACUCAUCCCUCGCCGAACGGAAGUUCACAUCGCACGGAAGUUCCCUGGAAACGCCGACCAGGCCCAAGAAGAAUUCCUCCAAAUGGGCCUGGAAGCUCUGCGUAAAGGUCGACAGGUGCUGAGACUGAAACAGGGAGAUCCUUAUCUCUACGGCCGGGGUGCAGAGGAGUAUCACUUUUUCAGAAACGAAGGAUACACACCUAUCGUACUUCCUGGGAUUACGAGUGCUCUCAGUGCGCCGUUAUUCGCUGGGAUACCACCCACGCACCGCAGUGUGGCGGAUCAGGUCCUCAUCUGUACCGGCACAGGCAGGAAGGGCGCUGCUCCGGAACCACCAACGUAUGUCCCGACACAGACAGUAGUCUUUCUCAUGGCUCUGCAUCGGUUGUCAGCUUUGAUUGAGUCCCUGACCACCUCCCCCACGGAGACAGACGGACAGUCAAAGGCCAGAACGCGAGCGCUCUGGCCCAAAGACACGCCGUGCGCCGUCAUCGAGCGAGCUUCGUGCAGCGAUCAAAGAGUCAUCCGUUCUACCCUGGAGCAUGUAUGUCUCGCCGUGGAAGAGGAAGGCUCACGACCCCCUGGCCUCUUGGUUGUUGGAGCCAGCUGCCACGUCCUUCACAAUUCAAGUGGUCAAAAAUGGGUCGUAGAGGAGGGAUUUCGAGGCUUAGAUGGUCUGCAUCAGGGAGGCGAUCUGCCCCUCGUCGAUGCAUCUGGACUUUCGAAUGGGACUGCAUCGUAGAAUCGUGAACGCUCAGCUAUUUUUCCUUUCCCUUUCGUCUCCGCUUUUACUAUGGAGUUACGAUGCAUUGCAUGGUUGGAAGCGCAUGAGAUUUGUAAAUAUUCUUUUUUUUU